ACAUCCCAAGAUCAAAGAAACGCCUAACUGAACUGAUGACCAAAACAGCUCUGGAAGAACCACCUGAGGAGGUGGGUGGCCGCUGGGCUUCAGCAUGCAAAGAGUGGAGAUUGAAGUUUCUGCGCAGUCCCCUGGAAGUGUUACCCACCAUGGAUGGAAAGAGAGCAAGAGCGAUCCAGUUAGCUGUCAACAGGUUGGAAGGGGCAGGAGAUGCUGUGAAAGCAGUUCCCACUGGAGAAAUCGAGGAACUACGGUCUGGCCUGAUUUUUAGCAGCAUUGGAUACAAAAGCCUUCCAAUAGAUCCUGCAGUACCCUUUGACAGCAAGCGAGGUGUUAUUCCCAACAAUUCAGGCAGAGUUUUCGGGGCACCAGGGCUCUAUUGCAGUGGCUGGGUAAAGAGGGGACCCACAGGUGUAAUCAUCACGACUAUGAAUGACAGCUUCGACACAGCCCAGUCUGUGCUAGAAGACCUGCAGUCUGGUGCCUUGCAGCUCUCCAGUGCCAAGAAAGGCUCUGAUUUAGUGAGCCACAUCCUUCGAUCCCGAG